GAAAAAGAAGAAGAAGAACUGGCUUCACUGAAAGCAAGAGCAAAAUAGAGUGGGAGGCAUGAGCACAUAGCCCGUGGCGUUACAGUCAUAAGAUCAUGGCUUUCUGUUAGCCUAUAGUUCCUUUUUCUCUCUUUCACUCAGCACUACGGAUGUGGCGAGGCGGAACCGCAAACGCUGCCAUACUGUUAGCUGCUUAUUUUGCGGCCUGCUGCGAGCAAAAAGAAACAGCUAGAAGAAGAAGAAUGUCCUCAGCUCUUCCCCGUCAUGUCAUCUGGGAGUCCGAGGGGCUGGUGGCCCACCUUAACCCCCGGCCCUGGACCCCGGGCUCUGUUAUCCUGGAGCGCAGCACCCCCGGCAGCCUCGGAGGCAGUAUCUUCCACCUGGAGAAGCAGGAGUUCUUAUCCUGGCUGUUAGGGGCCAGAGCUGUUGCAGAGCUGCUGUGUGACAGGUUGGGGGUUAGGAGGUGUGCGCUGGUCAGCAGACCCCACAGAGACAGACCGGCCCAGAUCCGUGUCCUCCCUCUACAUGGCCUGGAUGCAGAGUGGCGCCCCCACCUGGCAGGAGAAGAGGAGCACAACGCCCACGACCCGGGAUACUGCACCUCGAAGACCGCUGGCCGAUGGACUAACUCCAGCCUGACUGAAAUCCAGACCAAGAUUCGAGCCAAGCUCCCCAUCCCCGACGCCCCGCCCAAUCUGUCUUUCCUCGGGGACGACCCGGCUCAUCCCGGCCUGUUUUCGCGCAUCGUUCGCGGGGAGGAGGAACAGUGGCGGGUGUGGGAGGACGAGGGUCACGUGGCCUUCCUCACUCCUUUCCCCAACUCCCCCGGCUUCACCGUGCUGGUCCCACGCCGACCGCUGACCUCUGAUAUUUUCCGACUAGAAAAAGAGAGCUACGAGGGACUUGUGCUGGCAACCUGGGAGGUGUCGAGGCUGGUGCAGGAGGCGCUGGGCGCCUGGGGGGUGGGGCUUAUUUUUGAGGGCUUCGAGAUUGACUACGCUCACGCCAAGUUGAUACCACUGCUUCUAGCGUCGUCAUCGGGGACGGGAAAUGAGACCGCUAAACCACCACCACCACCUCCCCAGUUUUACCCCACUUAUCCUGGAUAUGUGACCUCAGAAGAUGGACCUGAAGCCAGCCUGGAAAGUCUGAAGGAACUGCACGUUAAAAUGACUCAGAUUUAAUGCUGUUACCUAUAGUUUGAUUCCUUCUCACCUGCCUAACUUCUAAUAGUUUUAGCUGUGACUGGAAUUCCUCUUUGCUUCUGAAUUAACAAGAAUUGUGUAAAAUAACACAUUAAGAAUGAAAGAGAUGUGAUGUGUCUUCUAUAAUGUGAGGUCAUUGACAUACAUUUUUUUGUACUGUCAGUCAUUAAUCUACCACAGUCUUUUUUUUGACUAAUCAUGACUGGACAGGGAUGCCGCUUUGCACCAGCAAGCAUGAUCUGUAGGCAUUAGAUUAGAUAUCCAAAAUUUGACACAUUUAUGAAAGAUAAAGAAAUCAAACAUCUAAUCCUGGUUAAGCUGCAUAACUUGCAAAUUAGACCGGGUCUAAAGUUGGUAAAUAUGAAUGUGCUUCUGUCAAUUACGAAGGAAGUUGCAAGUGUAAUAAACUGACUAAAAGCGGA